UCUUUGGCAGGCAAAGAGUUGGUCAUAACUCUUAAUUUGGUAUCUUUACAACAAGAAAAUUUAGCCUCUGUAUAUCCGUAUUAGUCGUUUGGAUUUUGUUACAGAAAGAGAUGGUGGUUAACUGAGUGAAGACUGAAGAGAGCUCAGAAGAAACUGAAGGAAUUGGAAGAUGGGUUCUCAGUGCCCACCUCUUACUUUCUCGGGAAAAUAUUACCAUGUUUCCGAAGAUCUAACAGGAUGUGUGAGACAGAGCAGUUUCUUCCAAGGAAAAACUGUGUUGAAUCAGGGCGUUGGCUACUCUGUUAUUCUUGGUUUUGGCGCUUUCUUUGCGGUCUUCAUCUCCUUCUGGUUUGGCUAGAGAAGCGAUAUGUGGGGUCUCGCCACACAUCUGAAUGGUUCAACACUGCAGGCAGGAAUGUUAAAACUGGGCUAAUUGCUAGUGUGAUUGUAUCCCAGUGGACAUGGGCUGCUACAAUUUUGCAAAGUUCCAAUGUUGCUUGGGAGUAUGGAGUAAGUGGACCUUUCUGGUAUGCAAGUGGAGCCACCAUCCAGGUACUUCUGUUUGGUAUAAUGGCCAUAGAGAUUAAAAGAAAGGCUCCCUAUGCUCAUACUGUUUGUGAAAUUGUCAAAGCCCGUUGGGGGACUCCUGCACAUCUUGUUUUUCUUGGUUUCUGCUUCUUGACAAAUAUCAUAGUGACCGCCAUGCUGCUCCUUGGCGGUUCUGCUGUUGUAAAUGCUCUUACUGGAGUAAACAUUUACGCUGCCAGCUUUCUAAUACCGCUGGGAGUCAUUGUCUACGCUCUUGCAGGAGGACUCAAAGCCACCUUCUUGGCAAGCUAUAUUCACUCUGUAAUAGUUCAUGUGGUAUUAGUCAUCUUUGUGUACCUAGUUUACACGGCGAGCAGUGAGCUCGGUAGUCCCAGUGUGGUAUACAACCACCUACUGGAGGUUGCAAGCAAGUCAAGGAUAUGUCAAGAGCCAUUUUCCCAUGAUGGGCAAUCCUGUGGCCCUGUUAAUGGAAAUUACAAAGGCUCUUACUUAACAAUGUUGAGUUCUGGAGGGCUUGUGUUUGGAAUCAUAAACAUCGUCGGCAACUUCGGCACUGUUUUUUUUGAUAAUGGAUAUUGGGUGAGUGCUAUUGCUGCAAGGCCUUCAUCAACACACAAGGGCUACUUGUUGGGUGGACUGGUGUGGUUUGCAGUGCCAUUCUCUUUGGCAACAGCGCUUGGUCUGGGAGCUCUUGCACUUGAUUUACCAAUAACAGCAAGUGAGGCGGGCCAUGGACUUGUUCCUCCUGCUACUGCUAUUGCUUUGAUGGGAAAAGGCGGAUCAAUUCUUCUUCUUACUAUGCUUUUCAUGGCAGUGACAUCUGCUGGCUCCUCUGAGCUAAUUGCAGUUUCCUCUUUAUGCACAUAUGAUAUCUACCGCACUUACAUAAAUCCAGAAGCAAGUGGGAAAAAGAUUCUCAAAGUUUCAAGAGGAGUUGUAUUAGGCUUUGGUUGUUUCAUGGGCUUGUUAGCAGUGAUUCUGAACAAAGCUGGAGUUUCAUUGGGUUGGAUGUAUCUUGCGAUGGGAGUGCUUAUCGGUUCAGCAGUCCUCCCAAUAGCUUUCAUGCUUCUAUGGAGGAAGGCGAAUGCAAUCGGAGCCAUUGCUGGAACGAUUUCUGGUUGCGUUCUUGGCAUUGUAACGUGGUUAUCGGUCACAGCAGUUGAAUAUGGCAGAAUAAACCUUGACACUACUGGCAGAAAUGCCCCGAUGCUUGCCGGAAACGUUGUUUCCAUACUCACCGGAGGAGCUGUUCACACAGUGUGUAGUCUUUUAUGGCCUCAAAAUUAUGACUGGGAUACCACUAAGCAGAUCACAGUGGUUGAAAAAGAGAAAAGUGAGCUACCAGAAGAAGAGUUCAAUGAGGAAAAACUAAUAAAAGCAAAAUCAUGGAUAGUGAAAUGGGGUGUUGGUUUCACUAUUGUGAUUGUCAUAUUGUGGCCUAUUCUCUCUCUUCCAGCAGGGAAAUUCAGUUUGGGAUAUUUCAAAUUCUGGGCGGUGGUAGCCAUAGCAUGGGGCACAAUUGGAUCAGCAGUGAUUAUAGCUUUGCCAUUAAUUGAAAGUUGGGAAACCAUCCAAAGUGUUUGCCUCGGCUUGUUUACAAAUGACAGACUUAUGGAAAAAGUUGAAGAAAUGAAUCUCAAACUGCACACGAUAAUGCUAGCAGUUCCUGAAGCCGAGCAAAAUUACUUGCUUCAGAAAGAGAAGGCAAAAAACAAAGAUUGAACACAAAAACAAGCUUAAUGAGCCUUUGCAUUACAACAUUAAACAUUUCAACAGAUAAAUAUUAUCAAGCAUUUGGGUACAUAUGGUUUCAACUGUAUAAAAUUUAGCUUCUUUGGCAAUAAAUUUGGAAUGUCGU